AUGUCGGUCAAGUUCGAGAAGGAGACGAUAAAGAAGGGUGUGGAGGAGGUCAAGAAGGGCCUCAUCGGAGAGCCUCUGCCCGGCACCAGCGGCAAGCACCCCAUCUCCGAGGCCAUCGGCACCGCCGUCACCGGCGGCAAGAAGAAUGCCGGAACCAAGGGUUAUCUUGCGGCCUACAUCAGGGAGCUUGAGAAGAACCCUCUGCGCACCAAGAUGCUUACUUCUGGUACUCUCGCUGGUGCCCAGGAACUGAUCGCAUCCUUCCUUGCCAAGGACCGCAACAAGCAUGGCGACUACUUCACCUCGCGCGUGCCCAAGAUGGCUGCUUACGGCGCCCUCGUCAGUGCCCCUCUCGGCCACUUCCUCAUCUGGGCCCUUCAGAAGACCUUCGCCGGCCGCACCAGCCUGCGCGCCAAGAUCUUGCAGAUUAUUGUCAGCAACUUGAUUAUUGCGCCCAUCCAAAACUCCGUCUACCUCACCGCGAUGGCUCUCAUUGCCGGUGCUAAGACGUACCACCAGGUCCGUGCCACUGUCAGGGUUGGAUUCUGGAAGGUCAUGAAGGUCAGCUGGAUCACAUCUCCGCUCUGCCUGGCCUUUGCCCAGAAGUUCCUCCCUGAUCAACUCUGGGUUCCCUUCUUCAACCUGGUUGCCUUUAUCAUCGGUACCUACAUCAACACCAUCACCAAGAAGAAGCGCCUUGCGGCUCUGCGGAAGAAGCACUUCGGUGACGGCCGUUCUCCCUCCAUGGGAGGCCGCCCUGAGGACUACCCGGGCCCUAAGGACUACCCUGGCCCGAUGGGAGGUCCGAUUGGAGGUCCCAACCCCGCUUACUAA